AUGGCUGUCUCUUCAAGUGGCCGAAUUGCCGAUGUGAACCAGGCGGAACUGACAAAGAUUGGGCCAAAGAUCGAUGACGUCCUCGCUAUCUGUCUGGCUAGCUUCGAUAGCCUGCGUGAUAUGGCAUUCAAGUUCCAAUACGAACAGGCUGCUGAGAAAGCCGCCUACCAAAGUGGCGAGACGAAGCCUGAUCCCAUGACGCAGCUAAUGCAUGUGCUACAGCGGAUGGUUGAUUUGACUUUAGGUACUGCAAGAGCGGUGUACGAUCAAACGCUGCUGGAGUGGCGGCGGCGCAAGGGCGAGGGGGGGGCGGACUCGCCGACCUCUCAGCUUGCUUCGUCUCAGUCCACAACGCCACCUAAGGUGCUGCGGAACAGCAGUGUGGAGGAUUUUGCGGAAGGCUCUCUUGCAUGGAUCGAGCGAGGCUCUCAUUUGUCUCUUCUCUCCCUCGAGGUCCUCUCCUCUGUUCUGCUUGCUCACCACUAUCUUCGCAAAGAUUUGCAGAAGUACAUGCUAGAUUUCAACGCCCUUGACUAUCUCGAGAAAGUAUUUAGUAUGGAACGUGAUCACGAGUUGUGCUACUUUCCAGAGGGCUUCAAGACCGAGUGCAUGCGCCUUAUAGCCAAUUUGACUCACAACAACGUCGAUGUGAGCGCGGCGCUUGUCGAGCGCGACACGUUUCUCUUCAACAUCCUCUCCGCUACUCAGAUUGACGAGGAGAAUCCAGGCAUGGUAGAGUGGGCCGAGUUUGCCAUUCGUAACAUCUGCGAAUCAUCCUCAGCAGCGCGGGAAAAGAUACGAAAGCUAGCUCCGCAAGGUGUCGCAGAGCGAAGUCGUGGAAUUCUUGCUGGACGGUGCAGCUACUCCUUCUCCAGCAGUGGGAAGGUUCAACUUCACACUCAAAAGCCACGCCUAGACUAG